UUCAACUCAAGGAGAGAGACAAGUAGAAGUUUUAGAACAAAUCUGUUCAAGUAUCAAGUACAAGUAAGAUUGGUCUCGCUAGCCUGCUCUCCUCUUCCUCCUGCCGCCCACCCGCCUCCCUUCCCCCUCACCUAACCUUUGUCACGAAAAAGGUUGAAAAUUGAUCUCAAUCGAUCUAAAACUGGGGCGCUUCAAUCUCGAUUUCAGACCUUAGGGUUUGAUUGCAGAAUUUAAAGUCUGGGAAAGAUUUGACUUUUGAGAUCAGUACAGUACUGCAGGAGUAUAUGAAAUAAUCGAUGGUGGUUCUUUUUAAAGAAGAGGAUCUUGCUUCCCAUCUUUCACAUCCUAGUUGUGAAUCAAACCCAAACAGGGAAGAAUCAAUAACUCCAACAAUACAUCAGAGGCUUCUUGAGCCGAGAUCUUCGAAUCAUAAAUACCUUGAUCAUGAUGAUGUUGCGUGUGCUGGCAUUGAUAUUGCCGAUGCAAGAGAAGAGAGGAAUAGUAAUCUCACUGCUGCUCGACUAUCCACAAAAGGCAAUCACUCUGAUGGAGCGAAUGUAGCAGAGUCUGAGCUGAAUUCAAGGGCGGAAAUGUACCAUCUUGUUCUUUGCAACACAAAAAAGAAGAGUGGAAACGUUCGCUUAUAUCAAGCAGCAAUCAACGGUGAUUGGAAGACUGCCAAGUCUAUAAUUGACAAAGAUUCAUCAGCUCUUACAAUGAAGAUAAAUGAUGAAGGGGAUACUGCUCUUCAUAUUGCUGUUGCUAAAAAGCAUAUUUCUUUCGUAGAGAAUUUGGUUCAACUCAUCUCCUCAUCUGACUUGACUGUCAAAAACGAAAAAGGAAAUACUGCCCUCGCGAUUGCCUCUGCGUCAGGUGCUGUAAAAAUGGCUGAAGUGAUGGUUGACAAGAAUCCCACUCUUCCAAAUCUUCGUGAUUCUCAAAAUUCAAUUCCGCUUCUAGUUGCAAUAACUUACAAGCACCAAGACAUGAUUUCCUUCCUUUUCUCUAAAACCAAUUUUGAAGCUUUAGAUGCUUUUGAACAGUUCGAACUUCUUAUUGCUAGCAUCUCCAUUGAUUGCUAUGACAUAGCACUGGAUAUUAUGAAAAAGAAACCAGAGUUAGCAUUGGAACGUAGGAAAGAAAAUGGUGACACAGCUUUGCACGUGUUUGCUAGAAAACCGUCUGCAAUUGGUAGCGGUAAACUUAGAUUUUGGAAAAGAUGCAUAAACUCAUGCUUCAAAGGAAUCUACAAUGAAGUUUUGAUGCAAACAUUGGCUCGUGAAACUAUUGAACGUGUAUGGGAGGUUGUUGUCCAAAAUCUUACAAGAAGUGAACUGUCAAAGUUGAUUGAAACUCCCUCAAGGUUACUCCAUGAUGCUGCAAGAGUUGGAAAUGUUGAGUUCUUAAUUAUACUCAUACGAUCAUAUCCUGAUCUGCUAUGUAAAUUUGAUGAUAACAAUAAAAGCAUAUUCCAUGUAGCGGUUGAAAAUCGACAAGAGAGCGUCUUCUCUUUAAUAUAUAAGAUAGGAGGACUCAAGGAUGUCAUAGCCAAUUAUUACAAUGAAAAGAACAACUCCAACAUGCUACAUUUGGUUGGAACAUUGGCUGCUCCAUGCCACUUGAGUAGAGUCUCAGGAGCCGCCCUUCAAAUGCAACGAGAACUUUUAUGGUUCAAGGAAGUGGAGAAAAUCGUGGUGUCUUCUCAUCAUCAAAUGAGAUGUUCUGUUGCGGAACCUUCUCAAAUUGAGAUAAUAGGAGAUAGAGUUGAUCAUCUGACACCCCGCGAGUUAUUCACAAAAGAGCAUAAGCAACUCCUUAAAGAUGGCGAGGAGCAUAUGAAAAAUAUAGCAAAUUCAUGCAUGCUAGUGGCAACCCUAAUUGCGACUAUUGUUUUUGUAGUGUUAUUCACGAUGCUGAAGGGCAAUGAUGGGAACACAACCAUUCCUAUUUUCUGGCAAAAUCAUGCAUUUACGAUAUUUAUAAUGUUAGAUAUUUUAGCUUUUGCAGCAUCUACAACUUCGAUGGUUAGCUUUCUAUCUAUCUUGAUGUCGGGCUAUUCAGAAGACGAUUUCUUGGUAUUGUUGCCAACCAAGUUAUUGGUGGGAUUGGUGAUGUUAUUUAUUUCUGGAGUCUGCAUGAUGGCGGCUUUUAGCGUUGCGUUCUUCAGUGCAAGUCAUAAAGGUGGGGCUAAGUUUCUGCUGGCUAUUGGUUCAGCGGCUAUGAUUCCAUUUGGCUAUGUCUGUGUGCUUCAUUCUAAACUUUUGGUGGAUAUAUUGCAAUCUGUCGGCUGGUCUGAAUUUUCUUUGAAGCAGUGCAAGCGAAGGUUAUUCUAGCAUAAAUUAUCUACCAGUAGAUUUUUUCUUAUGACUUUUACUAAUUUUGCUAUGUAUGUAACCAUAAUGUGAAGUAGCUGACCACCUAUUUUAAAGGUUCCUUAGAAUAGUUAUUUUGGAGUUGAAACUAAUUAUGCUGAAUAAUGUGAUUUGGUCGUGUAAGAAAGAUGCUAGCGCUUUCUAACACUCAUUAAAAUGCUUUAAUAAUCUAUUUUGUUGAAUUAAUGAA